UAAUGGGAGCAGACCUCGUGUCCAAAGUGGGCGAAACGGUGACCCAGCCCGGAACCAGUGACAGUCCAGUGGGGGAGAGUGCGCUGAAGGGACCUAGUGGAGGGGCUUGCUAGAUUCGAACCUGGUACCGCCGGAUGAAGGUGCUCGUUUAGGGCAUAGAUGUCCAGAAUCGAGUUAUCAUAUUGCCCUAGGAAAUGGCAGCAGCCAGGGCUAGCCUGGGCCGGAUCCUCCCAGAGUCCUCCAUCCUGUUCCUGUGUGACUUACAGGAGAAGUUUCGUCCUAGCAUAGCCUACUUCCCACAGAUCGUGUCAGUGGCUGCUCGGAUGCUUAAGGUGGCCCGGCUGCUAGAUGUCCCCAUUGUGCUGACAGAGCAGUACCCAGAAGGCCUGGGCCCCACAGUUCCUGAGCUGGGCGCUCAGGGCAUUCGGCCAGUGAGUAAGACGUGCUUCAGUAUGGUACCCGCCUUACAGAAGGAGCUAGAUGGCAGGUCCCAGCUUCAGUCUGUGCUACUCUGUGGCAUCGAGACCCAAGCCUGCAUCUUGAACACGGCUCUGGACCUACUUCACCGGGGACUGCAGGUUCAUGUAGUGGUGGACGCCUGUUCUUCUCGAAGCCAGGUUGACCGGCUGGUGGCACUGGCCCGGAUGAGACAGAGUGGAGCUUUCCUCGCCACCAGCGAAUCGCUCAUUCUGCAGCUUGUGAGGGAUGCCUCCCACCCCCAGUUCAAGAAGAUUCAGAAGAUCAUUAAGGAGCCGGUCCCAGACAGCGGGCUGCUGGGCCUCUUCCAAGGCCAGAACCCCCUCACCUCUUGCUGAACUCCAGGCCAUGACUGAGACAAGACUUACUCUGUCAUCGGUGGGAGCAUCUGCCCUACGGGAGAGGAGGGGUGAACUGCUGGUCCUGAAAAGCAAAUGAGACUCCUGAGUGCUAGAAGGGGUGGGGGCGGGGGUUGACUGAAGAGAGGUCUACCUCAUAAGCAAAGGGCAAAAAAGUGUCACAGACUGGGACCCAUAUUCUGAGUAAACAUUGAUGUUGCUGUGAACUGAAA